UGCGACCUGUUUGGGUCAUGGCCGAAAACAUUUGUUACAGUUGCGUGCAAAAAGAAAUGGCAGGCGCGUCAGCUAAGUCACGGAAGAGCUGUCACACCCCCGAAAUUGUUUAAUUUGAUUAAUAAAUAGAAUUAAUCGACAAAUAAUCAGAACAAGGGAACAAAAUGGCCGAAUCAAUCACGGAAGGGCAGUCGGAGUUGGAAUCGAAACCCCCGAAAGACCUUCCAGUUAUCAAUGAUCAGGGUUUCUUUCAACACGACACUGGCGACACCUAUGAUGGAUUCUUCGAGGCUAAGAAAAAGGAUAGGAGUGUGAAAAUGCAUGGUCCUGGCACAUACACUACUGCGGAAGGCGACAUCUACUCCGGCAUCUGGGAAAAUGAUCGCCUUGGAAGCAACGAAGAAGUCACCAUCAUAUUCACAGAUGGUUCUAGAUACGAGGGCCUUUUCAAAGACUGGUGUUACAACGGCAAAGGCAGAUACAUAUAUCCGGACGGCAGCGUUCUAACGGGCGACUUUGUUGAUAACAUUCCAGUGGGACGGCUGACUUUGACUGAUCCCAACGGCCACCAAUGGCUUGGGAAAGCCGACCAGGGCUUCGCUUGGCUUGACCCUGUCAAUCAUUUCUAUGAAAUGUUAGAAAGGUCUCGAGAUUUGAAGAGACUCAGACGGUCGGAACUGAGUGCUCGCUCGAUCGUGUCUAAAAUUAAAACGGUACAAUCUGUUAUUAAUGAAAAUCAAGUGAAGGUCGAUCAAGGGGAUUAACAAUCUAUGUACAGAAAGUUUAAUAAAUGUAUAUUUUUCGUUUA